AUGGCAAACCCGUCCUGCACCGACUGUCCUCCUCCCGCCCUCCAGACCGGCGUCUCCCGCCUCUCAAAGGCAGAAGUUACGCCCGCCCUCGCCUCCGCCUCGACCGCGCCGUCCUCCGCCGCCGCCUCCGCCUCCGCCCCUGCCUCCUUCGACCCACCGCGCAUGCUGACGCCGCACAUCGUAAUCGAGUUUUGCGACCGUUGCAGAUGGGCACCCCGCGCCUCAUGGACCCAAACAGAGCUCAUGCUCACCUUUCCCCCACCCCUCAUCGCGAGCAUCACGCUGCAGCCGCACAACACGCCGGAGACGGGCGGCCGGUUCCGCGUCUGGCUGGAUAGAGGAGAGGGAUUCGAGCUCGUCUGGGACCGCAAGACUGAAGGCGGGUUCCCGGAGCUCAAGGUGCUCAAGCAGCGCGUGCGGAAUCUCGUGCAGCCAGAUAUGAGUCUUGGGCACUCGGACAAGGGCGGGAAGCAUGGGCAGAGGGCGGAGGGGCAUAAGGCGGAGGGGGAGAGGACGGAGGGGCAGACGGAGGGGCAGAUGGAGGGACAGAAAGCCGAGGCGGCGGGCGCGCCGGCUGUGCCGCCUCUUGCAUGA